UCCUCUCACAAACUAAAAUAAUAUUAACACGAAAAACAAAAAGUAAUUCUACUGUUUCUUCGCAACUCCACCCAAAACCAAAACCCUAGCGCGAUAGAGUUGGGGGUUCUUCUAUCACUCAAGAAAUUAUAUAUUUCCCAUCUUUUUCCGGCACCUUUGACUGCCGGGGUUUCUGGGUUACCGUCAAAAUUACGACUUUUACAUGAAUGGCUAAAGGGUCACUUGGCGGUGCCGGUGAAGAUGACUCUCCGGUGAAGAAGAGGAAGCGAGUCGACACCGGAAAGAAACCCAACAACUCAUCUCAGCAGCGCGUGGCAACCCAUGAUUCGUCUGGCCGCAAUCACUUGUUGUCUGGUCCACCAAGCUCUGGUGAUCGGAAUGCUGUAUCCGGGUAUGUUAAAUUUGAAAAUAAAGUUACGAUUAACUUUAGUUCUAAGUCAAAGUCUGAGAUUAGGGAGCUGAAGAGUAAGUUAGUGAGUGAACUUGAUCAAAUUAGGGCAUUGGUUAAGAGGAUUGAAGUCGAGGAGGCUUCAAGUAGAGCUUAUUCUGGAGUGGGUGGAUACACAAAGUCGCAAUCCUCCGCGAAUGAUAAAGUUGCUAGGCUUGCUAGAGUGAAUUCUGAUGCGGGUUCAGUGGUGCCUAGCAAUUUCAGGCCGUUUCAGGGAUCAACUGAACCUGUUGCAGAUAAUGGUAACAGCCACUUUGAUGAGUUUGCAGAGAAUGGGACGCUAACACCAAAGGCCAAUCAGUAUAGCAAGAAUGUGAAUAAUGUAUCGGUGAAGGAGAAGUUCUCAUCUUUGGAGAAUAAUAAGAAAGGGAACCCAAGAGUGGGGAUGAAAGGGGAGUUGGAUUUGACUCGUAAAAGGAUAACUAUGCCUGAUAAAUUAUAUAAGAGUUGUCAGAACAUACUAAUGAUGUUGAUGAAACAUCGAUUUGGGUGGGUAUUUAAUAAACCUGUGGAUGUGGAGGGAUUGAAGUUGCAUGAUUAUUAUACAAUUAUCAAGCAUCCAAUGGAUUUGGGUACAGUUAAGUCGAGGUUGCAAAAGAAUUGGUAUAAAUCGCCGGAAGAUUUUGCAGAGGAUGUCAGACUAACGUUUAGUAAUGCCAUGGUGUAUAAUCCAAAAGGUCAAGAUGUGCAUUAUAUGGCAGAAGCCUUAUCAAACACUUUUGAGGAGAAGUGGGCAACGAUUGAGGCUGAGUUCGCUCUUGAUGGAGGGCUUGAAAUAGAACAUUGUGCAGAUUUGCCAACUCUCCCAUCAAGGACAGCUCCUGAUUCACCUGCUCCUGUUACUGCUCCCACCAUACCUACUCCAGCACUCUUGGAUACAAGGACUUUGGAGAGAUCAGAAUCUAUGCUGGUGGAUUCUGUGUCAAAAGCCAGUCAUGUUACUUCUCAUCAGAGGGAGACAUCAGUAGCAAAGAAGCAGAAGGCAGAUGAUCCAGUCAAUAGAGAUAUGACCUAUGAGGAAAAACAGAGACUUAGAGAAAACCUUCAGAGUUUGCCUUCCGAGAAACUGGAAAGGGUUGUUGAAAUCAUUAAGGAAAGGAAUCCUAACCUUUUUCAGCAAGAUGAUGAGAUUGAACUGGAUCUUGAUAGUGUUGGCCCGGAGACCCUUUGGGAACUUGAUAGGUUUGUAGCCUAUUGCAAUAGAAGUAUCAGCACGAACAAGAGACACAAUGAUCUUCCUCUUCCAGCGAAACAGGAUAUGAAUUGGACAGCUGUCAAUACAGAGGCACAAAAUGAAACAGCAGUUGAAAGGUUUAGUGCCACUUCUCCGGUUCAAGUAGAAAAUCGAUCUGAUCAUGUGAGCGGAUCAAGUAGUGAUUCUGGAUCCUCUUCAAGCAUUUCUAGUAGUGACUCUGGAUCCUCUUCAAGUGAAUCUGAAAGGGGCAGUUCCUCGGGAUAUGGAUCAGAUGCAGGUCAAUGACUUUCAGUUGAAUGGAUUUAAUUUAGGUAGGAGGAAGCAUUUUAGGUUAUUAAACUACAUUAAUCGCUUGUUCCCUCUCAUUAGAAAAAUCUGUGCAAAUAUGUUUGAAGCUUUAGGUUAAUCAACCAAUGGAUCACCAAUACUACUGGUCCAUGGUUGAUCUUCUUUUGGAUUGGGCAUAGGAACAUUAAUUUAAAAGGUCUGAAUAAUUGCCCUAUGGUUAAUUGGUUAUUGAAGCACUGUGUUAUAUGCAAUUUAAUUAGUUGCAUGAUGAUCUUUUCAAGUUUGUUUAAGUUAA